AGGACGGCGCCAGCGCGCGCAGCUGGGACGGCCACGGCACGCCGCUGCGCGGGGCCGUGCAGGCGCAGAGCGCGGAGAUGGCGAAGCUGCUGCUGGAGGCGAAGGCCAGUCCCAACGAGCACGAUGCCAAGGGCGUGUCGGUGCUGCACACUGCCUCUUUCGAUGGGCUGACAGACUUGUGCUUGACCCUGCUGAAAGCCAGAGCCGACGCCAAUGCGGCCGACCAGCACGGGCAGACGGCCUUGUUCUUUGCGCCCACGGGCUCCGUCUGUGAUGCGCUUCUGGAUCACAAGGCAUCAGUGAAUGCGGUGAAUCAAAAGGGGCAGUCCGCAUUGCACUUGGCGAGCCGCGCAGGUCUCUCAGAGGUACUCCUUUGGUUUGCACCUCGGGUGAGCCGAGAAGUGGUGGAAUUGCGAGACGUGCACGGCGCUACGGCGGCGUACUAUGCUCGCCAUGCCGGGGUCAACAAUGAGUUUCUGAUGAAGCACAAGCUCACUGCGGCGGAUCCGCCGAGCACCACGGAGCGCCCGCGGAGAUCCCGCCGGGAGGGAGAGGCUCAGGAGGAUGGCGCCCGCGAACGCAGCGCGUGGGCCACGAAGACUCACCUGCCGCUGCCACCGCUGCUGGAGGACCAGCACUCCGAGGAGGAGGAAGCCUUCUUGGUCUCCAGCCUCAGCUUGAAGGAUGCGGAGCGGGUGGUGAACGGUCCGAACGAUGAGGAGGAAUUGCCGUGCUCCACGGUGGUUGCCCCGCUGGCCGAAGAGGAGGACAAAGCGGAGGAUGCAUUCCUGGCACCGGAAGUUCCGGUUCCGAACGGGAGUGCCGCUCCAGACUGCGAAGGGGUGGACUCGCAGCCAGAAGUGGAGCACGCGGAGGAGGUGUCAGGCGACGCGGAGAUGUCGGGCGAGGAGCCGAGCCCGGUGAAGAGCCCCAGCGGAGCCCCACAUCAGGCCUGGGCUGAAGAAGGCGCCGCGCACGCCGAAGCCAAGGAAGCCGCGGAAGCCACAGAAGCGGCUCCGGUGUCGCCGGAGUCGGCGACCGAUCACCUAGAUCGGGCCGACAAGAUGGUGACCUGGGAGGAGGAUUGCGGACACCCAGGCUCGGCCUUGCUGCCGAGCUCCGCUGAUGUGCAAGGCCGGGGUGUGGACAGCUUGGCGGACAGCAUCUGACGCUUCGGACGCCUCGGGCACCAAGGGGCAGAGGCGAGAGCGCAGGACCUCCGCGAACCAGGCCUUCCUGUGGCAGCUCAACACUGAGCCCUCCGUGGAGCCUGUUGACAUCUGAGGUUUGCGCGAAUCGCCGGUGGUUCCUCCUGUCUCGAAACGCCGGUGGCGAUUUGCCCAGUUGAUUGGACCAACCAUCGAAUGGAUGAUCGUUUGGGCGGUU